GGUUUUCUGUACCCCCAGACCAUCGCCUGAGACAUUCACAGGUUGCUGCUAAGUGAACUCGCCCGAGUUCGGCGCUCCGAACUUUCUCGGAGAGAGAUCACCGCCCACCACCGCGAUGACCUCUCCGUGUCCCCUCCCGGCUCCGGCUGCACGCCAGCCCACCGUCCAUGGCCUCUCCCAAAUAACCAGCAGCCUGUACAUCAGCAACGGCGUGUCGGCCAACAACCAGGGCAUGCUGUCCAGCAACCACAUCACCACGGUCAUCAACGUCUCGGCAGAAGUGGUCAACACCUUCUACAAGGACAUCCAGUACGUCCAGGUGCCGGUGGCUGACGUCCCGAGCUCGCGCCUCUGCGACUUCUUUGACCCGAUCGCUGACCACAUCCACAGCGUCGAGAUGCAGCAGGGCCGCACGCUGCUGCACUGCGCCGCGGGGGUGAGCCGCUCGGCCGCCCUCUGCCUGGCCUACCUCAUGAAGUACCACGCCAUGUCGCUGCUGGACGCCCACGCGUGGACCAAGUCGUGCCGCCCCAUCAUCCGGCCCAACAACGGCUUCUGGGAACAGCUCAUCCACUACGAGUUCAAGCUGUUCAGCAAGAACACCGUCCACAUGGUCAACUCCCCCGUGGGUGUGAUCCCUGACAUCUACGAGAAGGAGGUCCAUGUGAUGAUGCAGAUGUGAGCCGUCCUGGCCAGCCCCGGACACCUGCUGAGGAGGCAACGCCAACAUUCAACCUGAACGUCGAACUUUGAGUUGGGACAGAGAACAAGCGGAUACCGUUUAGAAGGGCAAGGAAAAGGGGAUGGUGUUGGACUUUUUAGCUUAGGGAGCUUUUAUCUUUAAAGAAUAAAAUUCAUUGCAUGCAACAA